AUGAUGAUGAACAAGGUCUUCAUCCUCCUUCUUACCGCUGAUUGGGUAUCUGCCGGUAACCGCCCUGGAAGUGGUGGUGGUUGUGAUGGAGUUGCGCCAAACAGGCCAUUCAGACCACCUCAAAAUGCUGAUGGCACACCCGUGGUCCCUGGUAGCCCUGAGACACCUGUGGUCCCAGGUCGUCCUGAGCAACGCCGCAUGACCUUCAAUAGAGAUGUUGCCAAACCAGCAACCCUUCGUGCCUUGCAGAACCGCCCCGGUGACAAUGAAACACCCUUCGCCCCUUCCAUGCUGACAGAAGAAGACAUUGCUCUCUGCUGUUCGGGAAACGGAGAUUUUGAAUUCUUGUUGCGUGACUUGGACUUUGACGGCUUGGCCAUUGCCACAGAAGCGGACGGAUUCAAGAGGAUUCCUGGAGACAGUAGAUGGUCAUGCCGCAGAGAAUGCCGUGACCCCCUAAAUGGAUUCGAACUUGACCCUUGUUAUGACGCUUGUGAUUGUCGACAAAACUGCCCAAUUUCUACUGACUUCCUCACUACAGACUGCAAGUCGCAAUGCAACUCUCCGGAUCCAGACACUUUCGAUUUGUGUUUGGAAACCUGUGAGGCACAGUGUGGAGAGCGCUGCCGAUCUACAUUCAACGACUACAUCGUUCCAUUGGAUCUGUACGCUGAGGGACUGGAGAUGCUCGAUUGUCAAUUUGGAGACUUGAUUGGAGAUGCGACAGGAUCUUGUAACAGUGGACAAGCCUUCUGGGAGGCAUCCGGCUACACCUGUCAAGUGACGGAAGGCACUGAUUUUGACUGCGAGUGUGAUGUCCCGGGCACAUGUCUCAACGUCGUGUACCCGUGCGACUAUCAAUUUUACUGUGUCAGUAAUUCACCUUCGUUGGUACCAAGUGAGUCACCAAGUGAGUUACCAAGUAGUGCACCCACCAAAUCCCCGACGAUGAGCCCAACUCCCCGGCCUACCCAAGGCAAGGCAGGUGUCGGAAAGACGGCGAAGAAGGAAAACAUCAGAGGCAGAGAAUAG